GGAGCUCGGCGCCGCGGUCGGCCGGGUGCCGCCGCGAUCCUCCUGGGUGGAACUCGGCCGGAAGUUCAUCGAGCGUAGACCGCUGCCGGUGGGCCCGGGAUUUCCGGGUGACGUAUAGUUGCUUCGUCGCUUACCUGUCGCCAUCGCGGCUCCUCCGUUCAAUCCCCCGAAUCCCGUUAGAUUAGGUUAUCGACACGCCUGAUACUCGAAGACGUCACCUGCAGACAUCUCACUGGCUUCGAGCUUUUAGGUUAGACGCAUCACUUGCUCUAGGAGAUGCUGGAAGAUGUCCAAAUCGGCGCUGCCUGUUCCAACGAAAGUCUCGCCUCAAAUCGUACCUCGGACUCGGGGUAAAAGCUGCUUCGUCAUCCACUGUUUGAUCCGAUCCCCUCUUCUUCGUUCCACAUUACUAUGCGUGUCAUAAGUGUUCUUUGCCCCCGGAGUACGUUUAGGUUCUUCUUCAUGUACAGCAAUCAUGUGAAAAUCUAUAUAUCAUUUCACGCUCUAUUGACGCUGUCACGACGACUCUGCGCGAUCGACCGAGUUUGACAGUUAUCGACGGUAACUGUCAAACUCAGUCGGUAAUUGUGUAUCGACGCGAGUUUAUAAAAUUCGCCGCUAGAUGGCGCGCGCAAGCGCGCAAUAUGGCCGCCGGCGGCGAGCAGCGUCCAGUCCAAAAUGGUCGACGGUUUCGAAACGUUAAGCUAAUCGUGCGUUCCGGUUAAUUUACGCGAGUACAUUAGCGUGUCGAGAGUAAACUUUCGCAAACGUUGCUCCGUUCCGUAGACUUUCGACGCCCGACUCUCAUCUUUUUCGCGCUUCAAGGACGUCGAAAGAGAGGGAGAGAGAGAAGGAAAGAGAGGGGGAACGCUUGACACGCCGGGACGCGAAGCGGAGACUCGUGGACUCGCGUCGGGAGCGAUCGCGCGCGUAGUUUUACGACGCUUCCCGUUCGAUCCAGCGUCUCUCCAGAGGUGAAAAAAGUGACAGCGUGAAACUUUGUGGCGCGACUGUGAAUUCCCGGAAGAGGCGAGGCGACCGGACGACGAGGAGCAGCGGAAGCGGAGCAGAGAGCAGUAACAGGUGGAACGUUUUAGAGUAACCGGAGACGAUGGAUCAAGGCUUCCCGGGGCAGCACACCACCACGACCACCGUGACGACCACCACCACGACCACUCAGCCUAAUAUACGGUUUGAUCCGUCAUAUGCGAGGACAUUGCCUGGCCUUUUGAAAAUCGUGCAAGUGGUACUAAAUCUCUUGGGAUUUAUAUGCAUAACCGUGUCGAGCCAGAGCAGCCACAGCCGGGGAGGAUGGUUCAAUACCGUGGCCAUGGGCGGUUUCUGGUUCACGGGGAUCCUGCUUGUCCUCUACUUGUUCCAUAUUAUCGAGAAGUUCUCCAAGAUUCCGUGGCUUAAGAUUGAAUUCAUAUUCUGUACGGUAUGGACAGUUUUCUACCUAUUGGCCGCCUCUCUUGCAGCUGAUUACGCGCGCUACACCGAGGCCUUCGGUGUUGCAUCGUUUUUCGGUUUCUGCGCGAUGGUGGCAUACGGUUACGAUGCUUGGCUGAAAUUCAACGCGGCGAAGAGCGGCGCGUUGGCGCAGGGUCAACACACGCCGAAACAAGUGUCCACCGUCAACAGUCCGGCGUAUUAAAGUAUACAAGAGGAAGAAGAGGGGAGGAGAGACAGAGGUCCCGAGGUAAAUGGACCACCGGUCGACCAAUUGGACCGAUCGGUCGAUCGACACAUAUCGUUACCUUUUUACGGGGCCAGCUCGUUUGUAACUUCAGCGUGUUGUUUCUUUCUCGCGCGGAAUCUCGUCAGCGAUGCUUUUUUCGCUCGUUCGCACGUGUGCGUCACGUGCAUGUGUUGGUGCGUGCGUACAUUCGUUUAUUUACACCCGCGCACGUACACUCGACUUUCCUUUCGUCUGAUUUUUUUUUGUACUUGUAA